AUUUUAAGUUUUAUUUAGACAUUUUCAUAGACUUCCUUCUACUCUGCAUAUAUAUUAUUUUGGUCUCUUCAAAAUUUUUGUGUUCAGCAAAUACACACUACAUUUGUGAUGCCAGCAUUCUUCAUGUUGAAACUGUUUUUAGUUCAUAAUCUGAUCCCUUCCUAUUUUCCUUCUCUUAGGGCUGUUUCCGAGCAAGCAUGCGGCCUGGAUCCAUGGAUAAGGUCAAUUCUACGGUGGUAUCUGAGUUUGUGUUGCUGGGGCUCUCCAGUUCACAGGAACUCCAGCUUUUCUUUUGCAUUUUCUUCUCCGCAUUGUAUGUGGUCAUUGUCCUGGGCAACCUCCUCAUUAUCCUCACUGUGACUUCUGAUGCCAGCCUGCACUCUCUCAUGUACUUCCUCCUGGGAAACCUUUCCUUUGUUGACAUCUGUCAGGCUUCCUUUGCUACUCCUAAAAUGAUUGCAGAUUUUCUGAGUGAACACAAGACCAUCUCCUUCAGGGGCUGCAUAGCCCAGAUUUUCUUCAUCCACUUUUUCACUGGAGGGGAGAUGGUGAUACUUGUCUCCAUGGCCUAUGACAGGUAUGUAGCCAUUUGCAAACCUCUGUACUAUGUGGUCAUCAUGAGCCGGCAGACAUGCACUGUCUUGGUAAUGCUCUCCUGGGCUGUGGGCUUGGUGCACACAUUAAGCCAACUAUCAUUUACUGUGAACCUACCUUUUUGUGGACCCAAUGUUGUAGACAGCUUUUUUUGUGACCUUCCUCGAGUGACCAGGCUUGCCUGCCUGGACUCUUACAUUAUUGAAAUAUUAAUUGUGGCCAACAGUGGAACUCUCUCCCUCAGCGCUUUUUCUCUCCUGAUCAGCUCUUACAUCAUUAUUCUUAUCACCGUCUGGUUUAAGUCUUCUGCUGCAAUGGCCAAGGCUUUUUCCACACUGGCUGCCCAUAUCAUGGUGGUAAUAUUAUUCUUUGGCCCUUGCAUCUUCAUCUAUGUGUGGCCCUUCACCACCUACUCUGUGGAUAAAGUCCUUGCUAUAUUUUACACCAUUUUUACCCCCAUCCUGAACCCCGUUAUUUACACACUGAGGAACAGGGAUAUGAAAGUUGCCAUGAGGAAAAUUGUGACCCAUUACCUGAAGCCCAAGAAAAUUUCUGAAAUGCCACUAAUAGUAAGGAAUUCCCUGAUUUAA